CACUGAUUGUGCCAGUCUAUAAGAAAGGACAAAAGUCCUCUUGUGACAAUCACAGAGGAAUCAGUUUGAUUAAUAUAUAGUGUCCAAAAUAUUAGCUUCAAUAACGCUUCGACGCUUAACCAGGGCUCGUGAAGAACAGACUAGAGAAAAUCAGGCUGGUUUUCGACCUGGACGUGGUUGUAUAGACCACAUAUUCACACUACGUCAGGUUCUAGAACACAGACACACAUUCAGACGCCCCACAAUGGUAGUAUUUCGCGACCUUAAGGUGGCAUUCGACUCUGUUGAUCGUGAGGUUCUAUGGCAGUGUUUGCCACUGAAAGGAGUACCAAAGAAUUACAUUAACCUUAUGAGGGCUCUCUACUCGAACACAACUGGUAGAGUGAGAGCAACAAUGCAAGCAUGUUCGGAAUGCGAUUCUCUCCCUCGAAAUGCAAAAUGUCACUUCAGGAUUGGGUUGCAUCGACACCUGAACUAAUGAUUGGGAGUGAGGUAGUUGAGCGUGUCGAUCGCUUCACUUAUCUUGGAAGUUUCAUCAGCGCUUGUGGUCUGGUGUGUGACGAAAUCUCAGCACGGAUACAGGAGGCUCGACUAGCUUUUACCAACUUGCGUCAUUUAUGGCGUAGGCGAGACAUCCGUCUAUCAACCAAAGGACGUGUUUACUGUGCAGCAGUUCGUUCCAUCCUACUUUAUGGCAGUGUAAAAUGGCCGGUAAGAGUAGAGGAUAUUCGUAAGUUACUACUAUUUUAUCAUAGGUGUCUUCGAAACAUUGCUCGUAUAUCAUGGGACCAUCGAGUAAGUAAUGCAGUUGUUAGGAAACGGGUACUAGGUUAGGAUGGCAAAUCGAUUGAUGAAAAAGUGAAACUUCAUCAGUUGAGAUGGCUGGGACACGUGUUACGUAUGCUCAACGACCGACUGCCUCGACGUGCAAUGUUCAGUGGUAUAGGAGUAUAUUGGAAGAAAGCUAGGGGUGGCCAGACCAAAACAUGGCACAAGUCCAUGAAGUCACUGAUAAGUGGACUGAGUGAGCCAUGUUGGUAGGUGUAGACUGAUAGUGCACAAACUAUCCAUAUAGCGUAUGUUGGAUAUAUUGUUUUCUUUUUUUGAUUGGAAUCCAUUCAUCCAUAUUUUUGUAUUAUAGCUUAUAUCAAUUCGUGAUUAUACUAUAGGGUUAAUCACAAAAACGAUAUCUGUGCUCAUUUACUGAGAAUUAAUCAGGUCACUGUACACUUGCCCCCAAAUGCCUUGGUACGGCCGAGAGUGGGGAGAGUCUGCUCUUUUUUGGUGGAGUUUUGUUCUCUGAGCUUGAUGGUUUGGUCGUGGAGCUUUCAUCGUUCUUCUGAACGACAUCAUCAGCACAAACUUCAAAUAGAAGUGAAGUGUUCGAAUUUCUCCAUGUGUUUCAAAGCUUGUUCUGCUCUCCCUCUCGAAAUACUCUCACAUGGCCACGCGUAUAUAGUCUCUGUCAGGGAAGUCCCAAACACUGCCUUCUCUCAUAACGAGUGUUUGUUUACGAAAUUGAGAGGACGAAAAACGAUAUGGAGAGUCCACCUAGGGGAAUUGGAAAACCCUCAUUCCAAACCAAUGGUGCACAUGGGCUCCAGUAUCCUGAAGUAACAAACGGCCUAUGAACCAGUUGUUGGUCACUGGCUACCAUGAGACUGCAUCUCCUUACGAUGUUCCACUGCCUUGUGGACCAGACCUUAAUGUCAAAGGCUCCGGGUGUGGCCCCCUAAGAAAACCACCUGCUUCGGUUUCCGCACCUGGGCAGUAUCACAGCCCUUACCUAUAUCAAAUGAGAUCUGUGUGGUGUAUAUGUAUUUGGUGCCUCCUUGUACCAAUAUCUAUGUGUUAAAAUAAAUAAAUACAAUGUACACUUAAUGGAAAUUAUUAUUAGGUUUGUGCACAAGAUGACAACACUAAUUGAUUGUAAUAUCAGUAAAACUGAAGAUGGUGUCGAUAGUUUGACUUGUUUAUACUCAAAUUGGAAAGAAAAAUAUCCUCAAACUGUCAAUGUUAACUUGCUAUAUUAAUUAUCAUUUUCCAUUGUACAAUUUCAACUAACCGGUAUUAUUUCACUUGAUGUUAUAUUACCAUGAAGUUCACUAGUUAGAAAGUAGCAAGACUAAAAGUGAAUUACAUCCUAGUUUAGUUCAGUCAAUAUGUUAGGUAGAGUCAAUAUAUUACGAUAGGUAACCAGAGUUUUCAAUAAUGUUGUUUUGAUCAUAAAUUAGAAAUGACACCUCAAAGUACUUCUUUUAAUUCUCUAAUGUAAAGAUUACUAGAAAACUUUCGAAUCUAUUGAAGGAAGAAACUAAAACUAAUCACGAGGAUCACCAACCAUUCAAGUUUGAUACAAUCACUAAUAUAAUUCAGUUUCUACAUUCAUCUCUAUGACGGAAGCAAAUGUCGUUAAAUCACAUUGUAAUUGUAUCAAAUACUCAAUGACAGUAUUUUGUUUAAUAGAAAUCCUGUAUAUUUAUACAGUCGAAUGUUUCUAUUAUACCAUAAACGGAUAAAGAGAUCAAAUCACACCUUUCUUUUAUAGCAUAUGCUUUCAUGGAUUAUGAUUUCUAUUUCAAACCUCGAAUGAUUUGUUGAAUAUAGUAAUGUACCACUGUAACAUCUAACUGCAUAAGUAAACUUAUCUAUCUAAGUUAAAGAGAAUUGUUCAUUAUAACUAAUUUAACCGUCAAAAGAUUUUUCAUAUGAAAUAAUUCAUUGGAAUUUACUUUAAAAUAUCAUAGUUUUAAUGAGUGAUUUAUUUGUUAUAAUGUCAGUGGUGGUGGUGGUGCUGGUAAGAAAGAUUAUUUAUCAGACUUAUGAUUCCCAAAGAUCGGCUUGGUUAAAACGUUAGAUCCUUUCGAAAUGUGCCCGUCCUUUCGUCUCAACGACCUUGAACGGCUUGACUAGAGGCGGUCAUUCCGUAUUUCAAUUGCCGUGGGUUGGUUGGAUUGCAUGAGUAUCAAGUUUUUUCAUAUAUAAGUCGUCUUAUGCUGUAUAAAAAAGCCCGAAAUAACUACCAAAAGCAUUAAUUUAACAUUCUCUGUUUUGUAGUGUACAAUUUGGCUCUGUUGUUACUUUGUAAUUUGAUCUGUGAUCCCAACAACUGUAGUAAACCUAAACGAAAUGUCAAGUCACAGUGCUUCAUGCUCAAGUGACAUUUCAGUCGACCUUAGCGAAGCCUUUCGAAGUAUGAUACUGAAC